GUAAACAGGCCCACACGCCCCCGCCGAGCCCCGAGUAAGCGUGCGAAUCCAGCCCGAAGAAGCGCCUCUCUCUGCCGCAGCGGGUUUGGAGAGAAUCAGCGAGCAUUCCUCACUGUUCGUGGCGUUUUUGAUUAAAAAUAAUAAUAAUAAUAAUAAAUUAGGUGGAAGCUUGCGUUGAUUUUUAUUAUUAUUAUUAUUAGGUGAGGUUCCUGGGUGAAACUGUUGCGAAACCAGUCGCGUUGCGAUUUAGUUAAAUGCAAAUUUAUUUAUUUUUUGUAUGAAUUGAGCUUCCAAAAGUAAAUUUUAAAGACAUUUUUUUCUAGGUUGUGCUUCCACUGUCUUUUUGUUUGCUAACUUCAAAACGGGGGUGCCCUUGUCUGUAUCCGCUUGCAAACUGCGCUAGCUUUGCACAAAGGCAUUUAAAGUCGGAUAUUUUAGAAAGCUUAUAAGGACAAUUAUUCAUGCAACCGGACCAGAACAAAGUCACUUUUUAAGCGAGAAGAUUCUGCCUUUUUUUUUUUUUUUUUUUUGAGAAUUGUUUUGUGUGGGUUUUUUUUUUCCCCCCCUGGUUUUGUUUCACGACCCAAGUGCCUGUUUUUCGUCUUUAUAAAUACAGAGCUAAACUUUUUUUUUUUAAAAAAAUAUAUAGAUUCCACUGCAGCUGCAGGUAAACGUGUUAUUCACUAGCAAUAAUAAUAAUAAUAAUAAUAAUAAUAAUAAUAAUAAUAAUAAAACACGUCUUUCCUUUGCUUUUUUUUUUUAAAUUAAUAGUAUAAAGGUGUGUUUUUGUUUGUUUGUUUUUUCCAUCAGCCAGUUUGUUAAAUCAAAGUGUUAAGGUUUAAGAACAGUUUUUUUUUUUUCAAUGGCCGGACCUGAAUUGUUACUGGAUUCGAGUAUUCGUGUGUGGGUGGUUUUGCCCAUAGUUUUUAUUACUUUCUUUGUGGGGGUGAUCCGACAUUAUGUGACUCAACUUCUCCACAGCGAGAAGAAGGUCGAACUCGAACAGGUGUCCGACAGCCAGGUUUUAAUACGAAGUCGCAUUUUGAGGGAGAAUGGAAAAUAUAUCCCCAAACAGUCGUUCGCAAUGCGGAAACACUACUUCAACGACGAGGAGACUGGAUUUUUCAAGAAAACCGUGAGAAAGGUUGUAGCCAAAAACCCCAUGACUGAUCCCAGCAUGCUCACUGACAUGAUGAAAGGCAACUUGACCAACGUCCUCCCCAUGAUUGUGAUUGGAGGCUGGAUAAACUGGGCUUUCUCUGGGUUCGUUACAACGAAGGUUCCCUUUCCUCUGACCCUGCGUUUCAAGCCCAUGCUGCAACGUGGGAUUGAGCUGCUCUCUUUGGAUGCUUCCUGGGUGAGUUCUGCAUCCUGGUACUUCCUCAAUGUGUUCGGUCUCCGAAGCAUGUACAGCCUGAUUCUGGGUCAAGACAACGCUGCUGAUCAGUCCCGUAUCAUGCAGGAUCAGAUGACUGGGGCAGCCAUGGCGAUGCCACCAGACCCCAACAAAGCCUUCAAGGCAGAGUGGGAAGCGCUUGAGAUCGUCGACCACCACUGGGCGCUAGAGAACGUGGAGGAGGAGCUUAUGAACGAAGACCUGAACUUUGAGGGGUUUUUCACUGAUGCCAUCUUCGCCUAAAGAGAGAGCAGCAGCAGCAGCAGGAGGAGGUGGGGGGGAGCCUAAACCCUGUGCCAGACUCGCCCUACUUCCCAAAACACUGUCUUUAAUCACACCCUGACUGAAAAACAAGCCCAAAUAAAGUAGAUUUAUUGAG